CGCGCAUGCUCCUCAUGUAGCUGUGCGAAUUUGCUUCUUCCUUUUCCCGAACUAGCCAAAGACAACAGUAACGUUGUCUGUGUAUUUUUGUACAGGCCCUAGACUAAAAAACUACCACCAUGCCUUUCGUCAAGGUCGUGAAGGAUCGCCAAUACUUCAAGCGAUUCCAAGUCAAGUACAGGCGCCGCAGAGAGGGCAAGACUGAUUACUAUGCCCGCAAGCGCCUGUGUGUCCAGGACAAGAACAAGUACAACACACCUAAAUACAGACUUGUCGUCCGCUUCACCAACAAGGACAUCGUGACUCAGGUAGCAUAUGCCCGUCUCCAAGGAGAUAUCAUUCUGUCGUCAGCUUAUUCCCACGAGCUGCCCAGAUAUGGCAUUCAGGUCGGUCUCACAAACUACGCAGCAGCUUACUGCACUGGACUGCUCCUCGCCAGGCGUGUUUUGACCAAGUUGGACUUGGCCAAGCACUACGAUGGACAGACCGAGGUUGACGGUGACGAGUACGCCGUUGAUGACGUUGCCGGAGCUCCCAGCGCCUUCCGCUGCUUCCUCGACAUCGGUCUGGCCCGCACCACCACCGGUGCUCGCAUCUUUGGCGCCCUCAAGGGUGCCGUCGAUGGUGGCCUCAACAUCCCCCACAACUGCAAGCGAUUCCCAGGUUUCGAUGGUGAGUCCAAGGAAUUCAAUGCUGAAGUCCACCGUGAGCACAUCUUCGGACAGCACGUUUCCAACUACAUGAAGACCUUGCAGGAGGAGGACCAGGAUGCCUUCCAGCGUCAAUUCUCUGGCUUCGUCAAGGCCGGCGUCACUGCUGACGGCCUCGAGGGCAUGUACACCAAGGCCCAUGCCGCCAUCCGUGCCGACCCAUCACCCAAGGCCAAGAAGGAGCAGCCCGCCGACAAGAAGCCAAAGAGGUUUGGCCGCAAGAAGCUGUCUCGCGAACAGCGUGCCAACCGUGUGGCACAGAAGAAGGCCAGCUUCAUGCACAAGGUCAAGAACCAGUAAACCAUGCUGCUCUUGCUUUCCGGGAAAUACAAUUCUUUUUGAAGAAA